CAAGUAAUAAUAUAAUGGCAAGAAUGUCAGAUUCCCUUGUGAUAGGAAAAGUAGUUGGGGAUGUGAUAGACCGCUUCUCCCCAAGUGUUAAGAUGAGUGUAAUUUACAGCCCAAACAAGCAUGUCUACAAUGGCCAUGAGUUUUUUCCAUCCUCUGUCACCACUAGACCUAGGGUUGAGGUUCAUGGAGGUGAUAUGAGAUCCUUUUUCACAUUGAUUAUGACAGACCCUGAUGUUCCUGGCCCUAGUGAUCCAUACCUUAGGGAGCACCUACACUGGAUAGUCACAGACAUUCCAGGCACAACGGAUUCCUCAUUUGGAAGGGAAAUAGUGAGCUACGAGAUGCCGAGGCCAAAUAUUGGGAUUCACAGAUUUGUGUUUGUGCUUUACAAGCAGAAGAGAAGGCUGGGAAUGGGAGUGAAUGCACCAUUGUGUCGUGACCGAUUCAACACUCGCAAAUUUAGCGACGACAACGACCUCGCCUCCCCUGUGGCCGCCCUUUUCUUCAAUUGCCAGAGGGAAACUGCGGCCAGAAGGCGUUAAUUAAUUACUUCAUCCAUUUC